GCCGCUCCUGCCAGUGCCAUCACACGUCCCGAGAGCAGCGCCUGAGCGGAGCCCAGGACCCAUGGCCGUCACCGCCGUCGCGGCGUCUCUGUCCGUGGCGCAGGGUCUCGGGAAGCCUCUCUGCGCCGGCAGGAACGCGACGUCGCGCCGGGCCGUCGCGCUCGCGCCCCGUCGUUCGGCGACCCGGAUGGCCGUCGUCCGGGCGUCGUCCGCGCAUCAGAAGCAGCACCCGGCCAAGGAGUGGGCGGCCGCGGCGGCCGUGGCGGCGGCGCUGGUGCUGCCGGAGGUCGCGGAGGCCGCGCCCGGGAUCUCGCCGUCGCUCAAGAACUUCCUCCUCAGCAUCGUCUCCGGAGGCGUCGUGCUCGUCGCCAUCGUCGGCGCCGUCGUCGCUGUCUCUAACUUCGAUCCCGUCAAGCGGCGCUGAGCUCAAUCAACUACACGUGCACACAUGCAUGCAGCGUUGUAUGUUGCAUUGCAUGCUGUACGCCGCCUGUACCUAUGUACUACUUCCCAAUGUAAACAGCGUUUAAUCUGUGAA